CAAUGCAUUAGAUAUGAGAUGAUGGUCAUGGUAAAUAUUGUUUAAAGAAGUGAAACAAUUCGUUUUGUAGUUUUGUCGUGAUUUUAGCAAACCUAUUUUCUGCUAAGUGUAAUAAGUAAUAUGCUCUAUUUUUCUAUGUAAUAAUUUACUUCAAUAAAGUAAUUAAACAUAGACAUGUCAGAAUUAAAAAUAUGCCGCAUAUGUUUACGCACCGAAUCGAAGGUUUACAAUUACGAACAAUAUCAACUAAAAUCCUAUUAUGAGGAAGUUUUAGCAUUGAAAGUUAGUGAAACAGAUGAGCUACCACAUUACUUCUGCUUCGAAUGUGCUACAUUAUUGCACAAAUUUCACAAAUUCAAAGAAAAAUGCUAUACAGGACAAAAAGUACUCAAGGAUUUGCUAAGGAAAGGCCCUAUUUCGUAUGAAGCCAUUUACAAGUUAAACAGGACAUUUCUUCAGUCACCACUCGCGAAACUGAAUAUAAAAGAUAAUAUACUGAGAACAUUCUCAACGGAUGAACACCUUUCGAUAAAAGAAGAAAUAGCUCAAUAUGACCAAAGAUUAACAAAUAUAGAAUAUCUUAAUGAACCCGUCGACGAUCGGGACGAUGAUGUGUCCCUAGCUUCUGACCCUGAAACAGAUUCGGAACAAAAACCUCCGUUCGUUGAGGAAAGAACUGAAGAAAUAAAUAAUGAGCCAGUCAAAACAGAGAUAGAAUUCGCUGAAGAUUACGAUGAAAAAGGCAGAAGUGAAUAUGCUUUCAAACGGAGUAGACUACUUAACACCAAAUAUUGGGAAAAAAAGAAACUAUCGGAAGAGGAAGCUUUGAAGGAAUUCAGACUAAGAGCUGAAAGUGAGAAAUAUGUGAUCGCAGCGUACAAAUGCACAGAUUGUUUCAAAGGAUUCUCCAAGGAAGAAAUGUUGAAAAGACAUCGAAAACUGAGGCAUAAUAAGUCUGGCUCUAUUGAGUGUCGUUUCUGUCGAAUGCGGUUCAAAUGGAAUUGUCAUCUCAAGAAACAUUUUCGUCAGCACUAUACUAGAUACAAGUGUCUACGGUGUGGAUUAAUCUGUCCUCUAGAAAAUACAGCAUUGCUACACGACAUUUAUCACAGUGGUUUCACGAAAAAAUGUGUGCAUUGCAAUGAAGAAUUUAGACACUCUUCAACGUACUAUACGCACCUGCGCACGCAUAGAAGCGAUCAUCUGUGUACGCUUUGCGGGUCUUCAUUUGUCAGCGAGGUUGGCUUGCGUCUCCAUAAACGGGUCAAGCACUGCUUUGAUGUUGAAAAUGACGAAGAAGAAAAUGAAGUUGAGAGUCCAGAAGACGAUGAAGAAGUCGACACGUUUUGCUCGCGUUGCGACAUUCGCUUUGAGACCAGGAAGGCUUAUGAUGAACACCUAUUUCAUUCGGCGAUGCAUUGUGAAGGUGACGAUGUAGAUAAAAAACCGGAAGAUCCGCUACCACGAAAAAUUUUGGGAAAAUUAUUAAAAGCAAAGAUUACGAGCAGGCUAAAAGACAAGAAGACUGAUAAGGAGACAUUACAACCACAAAGGAGAAAGUUGAGAAGAACUCGGAGAGCCAGAACGAAACCUACCACUUGCCAUCAAUGUGGCAAACACUUCGAGACGCAAGCGGCGUGUAUGAAGCACCACCACUCGGAACAUCCUGGGACGUCGUUCUUCGCGCCCAACGAGAGGCACAUCUGCGAGAUAUGUGGAGCUUCGCUGGCGCCCGGCAGUGUGACGGCGCAUCAGAACAUGCACAGCCGCGAGCGUCUGCACCCGUGCGAGACUUGCGGCAAGCAGUUCCACUCCAGCGUGGGCCUCAAGCGACACUCGGUAACUCACACGGGAGAGAAACCGUACGGCUGCACGUUGUGUGACAAGCGGUUUACCCAGAACAAUAGUAUGAAAUUGCAUUAUAAAACCUUCCAUCUCAUGCAACCUUACCCAAAAAGAAAUAGAAGAAGAAAAGAUGAACCAGCAAAAAAGGAAGAGUUAAAUAUAAGGAUAACAGAAGAUAGUAUGGACUCGGAUGAUAAUGCGCCACUGUCUAAACCGGCGGCGAAACCGGUAAUCGAACCUACGUCCGAUCCGGUGACCACAACUGACGCAACGGUGGCACAAAGUGAUAAUAAUUUAGAAUAUUUGACGCUAGGUUACCAAAAAUACCCUUAAAUACCUCACAUCUAGCUAAUUAGUAGGUACUUAGUUUUGUGAUUUGAUAGUAUAUGUCCAAAUCACUAUACCUACUUAUUUAUGUUUCUGUUCUGUAUUAUUUUUUGUUCUGAUUUAUGACUACAAUAAAAUUACAUUAAUUGAUUGUAUAAUUCUUUCAAAUUUUGACGUUGGCAAUUUGAGCGCAAUUUGGAAGCUGAAAAAAAAUGUAUGCCAUUACUCUCUUGAAAUGAUUCCAAUAGGUAUAAGGUAUUAAUUAUAAUGAAAUACUAUUAUUGUACAUUUUAUUUAACAAAUGAUUUUGUAUUUAGCUGAAAAUACAAAGUAAUUUAAUUA